GUUGGCAAGACGAAAAAGACAACAUAGUCGCCAUUGGCCAAUCCCCAUUGUAUUUUAUCAUAUCAAUAGGUUUAUGUCGAUUUUAUUAUGGUUGUUUUUGAAGCAGAUUAUUAAUGGAAUUAUUCCAUUCAUGAAAACGUCACCUAUUUUCUUCUUAAUACAAUGAAAUCGAACUUUCCAUCAUGUUGAAUUGCUCAAUUAAGAGAAAAAAGCGAACGCCAGCAAGUAGUGCAAUGGAAGUCUUUGAUAAUGUUUUGCUGAAUGCUUCAGAUUUUAUAAAAGGUCGUUUAUAUUUUGUAUCUUUGAAUACACAUGUUGAUCCAAAAUCUACUCCUUCUGUACAUUACUUCACUGUGGAUCAUGAGCUGGAGUAUGAGAGUUUCUAUUUGGAUUUUGGACCACUGAAUUUGGCCAUGCUUUAUCAUUAUUGUUUAAUUUUGAGAAGAAAAUUGAGUAACCCCACAUUCCAGAAUAAAAAGAUUGUGCACUAUACUUAUGGUCCAGAUGGACAAAGGAGGGUGAAUGCUGCAUUUCUUAUUGGGGCUUAUUCAAUAAUUUAUCUGAACUAUGAGCCAAAUCAGGUAUUUGAAAUAUUGAAUCAUGAUUCAGCAAUAAAUUACUUCGAAUUCAGGGAUGCUUCAAUAGGAGAACCUUAUACAUUGGGUCUACUAGACUGUUUAAAAGCAGUCAAAAAAGCUACAACAUAUGGAUUCUUCAAUUUUGAUGAUUUCGAUUUUCUGGAAUAUGAACAUUAUGAACGUGUUGAAAAUGGAGAUUUUAAUUGGAUACUUCCAAACAAGUUUAUUGCUUUUUGUGGUCCACAAGAUAGAACAAGAUCUAGUAUAUAUUUCCAUAUUCAAAAGCCUGAGACAUAUUUUGCCUAUUUUCGUAGGCAUAAGGUUUCAACUAUUGUUCGGCUGAAUAAGAAAGCUUAUGAUUCUAAUAAGUUUGUACAGGCGGGGUUUGAACAUAAAGAUCUGUAUUUUGUGGAUGGAGGUACACCUAGUGAUAGGAUUCUAGACCAAUUUAUCACCCUCUCAGAGAAUGCCAAGGGUGCAGUGGCUGUACAUUGCAAAGCUGGUCUUGGCAGGACUGGUUCAUUAAUAGCAUGUUACAUAAUGAAGCACUACAAAUUCACUGCUGAAGAGGCCAUAGCUUGGAUAAGGAUAUGCCGUCCAGGCUCCAUAAUAGGACACCAACAAAGUUGGCUACAAGAAAAACAGAAGGAGAUGUGGGAUGCUGGAGAUCUGUAUAGGAAAAAACAUGGCAUUUCUGAAAUUAAGAAACUCGAAUCUGGUAUUUAUAGUCUUUCUGAUGUGAAGAAGGAAAAGAAAAAUAGUGAUAAUGUAACAGGCAUCAUGAAGAAAGUAGAUUGUAUGGACAUUAGAGACCCUGAAGAGGGAAGUGAAGAAAAUAAAAUUACCCAAGGUGAUAAACUGAACCAAAUCAAAGCACAAAGGUCCAGAGCAAAACCUCUUGCAACAAGUCAAACUGAAAGGUUGCGUAGGGUGAAUACCCUUAAUUCUCCAAUCACUCAGACUGUGCUUAGAGGUGGUAAGAUCAUCUGCAGUACUCCAUCUAAAAUGCCAAGUUCAGCUACCAACCGAGUGACUCCAAAAAGAAUCGAUCCGCAACCUUUAAAACGUGUAAGCACGAGGAGGCUCGUUUCUCCUAUCACUUCACCUGCUGAGAAGUUGCAAAUAGGAGAGAAGCGUCCUCUCACCAAGAAAGUCCCGUUGGGUCGUAACCUCAAAAACGGCUUGGGCUCCACUAACGGUGCUACUUUGAGGAGCACUCCCACCGAAGAGAAGAAGACCAAGAGGAGCAAGAGAUCGCUUGCUUCGGACAAAGACAAGGCUAGCCCCAGGUCAGUCAAGGUAUUGAGAAGGUCACAUGUUCUGGCUUUGAGCUUCAAAGAGUGUGAAAAACAUGAAAGUAAAUUGCGCCUGCCAUCAGUCAAAUUGAACAAGACUCUAAAUAAUCGUCGAUAGGCGGUGGUCCUAUUGAUUUUGAGUCAUUUAUUUAUCAGAAGUGUCCAGGUAAAUAUUGCAAGAAUGAACUGAAUUCCUAAAAGUAUCUGUCCAAAUACUGGUUCAGGUAAAUUUUAUAUCUAUUUGGAGAAGGCAUGUUUCAAAAACAAUGAAGAUUUUUUUAUCAUUCGGGAGUUCCAGGUAACAAAAAUUUUUAGACUAUAAAUCACCUGAAUAAAAUGCGUAAAAUGUGAAAAACUAUUGGUUCACAUUUUGGUUGGAUAUCUGCUAUUUUGUAUGCUUGUUCCUUCUUAUAUCUGGUGAAGUUAUAAAUCACAAUUUGAAACAACUUACAUAUCACCUUUACAAUAUGCAAUGUCAAGUGAUUCAUUGAAUAAUUCACUUUAUCAAUGUUGUAAUGGUUCAAAGAUAGCUUCAUUGGUAAUCCUCCAGCCAUUAUAGUUUAUGUUUUCAUCAAAUAAUCAAUUUUAGAUUUCACAUUUGUAUUUUUGUGUCUAACUUGGUAGACUUGAUUUUUACUCGAAAUAUUGCAUUUUGGUGUAAUUUUAAGCCAAUUGAACAUUUUUUCGAAACUAUUGUCUGUUAUUCACCCAGAAAAAUGUCUUCAUUGGUUGAAUAUUGAAUGUUGAUAAUCCAUAACUCCAAAUACUUCCUUGAGUUCCAUUUUGGCCUUCAAUGAAAUAAAAAUGCGAGUCAUUGUACUUACAGUAUGCUGCAAUUGACACUUUUCACCAUUUAUGAUGGCUUGAUAAAGUUUUUAUUGAAUUUUCAAAUACCUAUAUGAAUUGAAAAAGAAAAUCGAAAAUCCAUUGGAAACUUGAUAUUUUAUCCGCACUCAAAAAUGAUGAGAACGUUAAUUGUGACUUACUGUAUAUAGUUGUACAAACGCUGGUAAUAUAUAGAAAUAUAAAUAUAUAUUAUUUUUGUAUUAUCACUGUAUUUAUUAUAUGCAUACAAACUGUUGUUAUGAUGUAUAUAGUUUAGUUGUUAGUUUACUCAUGUUCAACAUUAGAGUUAGGUAAAUAUCUUUCCUUUAGAUUUCAAUCCGUUAUUAUGAAAUCAGCCGUUAUUUCACGCUCUUUUUAGAUUAUUGCACUACAAUAUCAUUAGACAAAACUGUUGUUGGUGUAAUGUGAUAUUGAAGUGACCUUUGGUUCCUCGAGUUAAGACUUUUGCAACUAACUUAUUUAUGUUUGUUCAUCUCAUUUUCAUAUUCAGUGAGUUCAAAAGGCAACCAUAGAUCAAGGGCAACUAACUCAUGUAUAAACAUUAGUCAGUGUAUUUGCAUCAUUAGAAAUAUUAGAGUUAGAUGCUGUAUAAUAUUCGGUGUUUUUUUGAAGUUGAUUCUAUGAUGGAAAUAUUUCAAUAUCUAGAAUUUGUUUUCCUUUGUUUCUAUUGUGUGCAGGACUUUGCAUUAGAUUCAUUAGAACCUUCUUACAUCCAAAUUGUAAGGCAAGAAUGAACAGAAAGAAUUUUUUUUGUGUUUUUCGUUCAAAUAUUGUUCAUUUUUAGUACUGCUGCGUUUAUUUCCUAUUUUGCCAUUAUUGUGGCUAAUGUUAUAUUCUGUUGGACAAAAAUUUGCUAAGCACAUAUAAAUUAAAUGGGACUUCAUUAUAUGAAGAGUGUGAAAUCAAGCCAAGAAUAAUUUGCAUCUUGUUCCAGUGAAUCCAUAUUUUGUACUAAAUAUAUAUAUAUACUGAUUGAAUUAAUAACAAAUACCUUUGAUUAUCAAUGCAUCCACUCUGAAAAGUCCCUUGAAUUAUUAAUCAAAAUUGGGGAAAAUUGAAUAAUCAUCGAUUAGUAAACUCUUCAAAAUUGAUCUUGUACUGGUUGUUGAGUUAAACAUUUACUUAUUAAAUACAAUGAUUAUUGUUCAGAUUUUUUGAAACCAGUGAUAUCUUAUUAAAAUUCAAUUCUUAAUCAAAACUGAUUGACAUUCAAGUCUAGAGCAAGUGUUUGGAAUAACUCAUCCAUGAAGAUCAUUCAGACAAUGCUACGCGUGAGAAAACUUUUGUCCUUGAAUAUUUCAAAUCUCGCCCAACUCGCGAAACAUGUUCAUGAUUGUACAUGACAUAGGUACUAAACGGUUCAGAUCUAGUUCCAUAUAGGCAUUAAACAUUUUUUUUUUGCAUGAUAUUUCGUCGCUUUUUUAUUUUACUUUUAUGUAGUAUCACUAACAUUUGAAGAGCUUUUAUGAAAAAUGUUAUGUUUCAGUGAUGGCUUGAGAUAUUUAUUAUGUUUGUUAUUAACUUUACAUUUUUACUGAAUCGGUAAGCGGCGUUGCUCUGAGCAGCUAUGAAAUGUGUUUGAAUAUGUCUGUUAAAAUUCAGCAUUAGUAGUGGUAGACGUAUAUAUUAUACGCUAUUACAACGCCAUAUAUUUUAAUAUACAUUUACAUUUUAGUUUUUUUGUGAUGUAUUUUGUUAACUAUGAGUUUCAGCAUUAACAAAAACAUUUAAUAAAUGUUUUCACAUG